AUGUUCAUCAAGUCUCAUGCGGGAGUUACAAUUCGUGUCAACCGAAAAUCCUCGACACAUCUGCACCGUUGUAAAUGGCAUGAACUAAUAGAUGUAUCAACUAAGCCCCAUAUCACUAAAACCAGACUAGAAAAGCUUUCCAAUGAGCGUGAAAUCGUUGACCUGGAGCACGAAACAGGGAAGAUGUUAUUCAAUUCCAUGGACACAUUCUUUUCUUACGGGCUUUUAUCCGGUGAUAAGGUGUACUGGCGUUUUGUGAGGGAGUUUUUGCCGAGAACGCAGCAAAAUCUCUUGCGAGCCGAAUGGGGCGACAUUGAUAACAGACGUUUGUCGAUUGCUUGGCUCAAAGAUGCAUUCAACAAAGGGACGCUUCAUUUCCAAAUGCUUGCUUUCAGGAACAAUCGUAAAAUAAUAGCCCGCUUUUACCAUCGUAACGCUUGUAUGAGUAAUGGUGGUAUGCUCGAAGCAGUGACUGAUAUGAUUGUGAGCCUUGUGAAUGUCCAGUUUGCAUUCUACUCAACGCUGAAUCUUCGUGUAGAGCCUGCUCAAGCGGUCGUGGUCAUGACACCCGUUGCACCGAUUGCAAAGGCCAAAACAAAACGGAGGAAAAGGGAGGAGAGCGAGCGUGACUUAGCACCCGUUGUAGUAGAUAAAUUACCGCCUCCUGUCCAGGCCACAGUGGUUCCAACUCCGAAAGAUCAGGAGCUUAUCCUGGACGAAUUGGUUAGGAACCGGCGAACUCGUCUGCAGAGCCUCAUGGAAUCAUCUAGCUUUGACAAAAAUGACGAGAACGGCGAUUCUGGUAUGAACACAAGUGGAGAUUCUUCGGAGCAACCUGUAAGGAACGAAGCUUUUGACGAGGUGCUGCGGAAGACAAUGUCACAAGUGAAAAUUGAAAAUCUUGGGGACGAAGCAAAAUCGUUCGAUAGUCUUCUUCAUUACGAUGAAAUACCGCAGGAAAAACCCAGCGAUGAAGAUGUCCUGGUUGAAGGAGAAGUGAUGCUACAUUCUGGUGACAUUCUGAAAUUGGCUAUGAAUGUUUAUGUGGACGAAGGAGAGCGAUUGCUGCAUAUGUACCAUGUAUAUCAGAAAUUUGCUGCUGGGACUCCUCAGCAGAGGCUACUUGCGGUCACCGACCACAACAUCUAUGUAAUAACUCAGAACGUCGUGCUAGAGUAUUCAGCGCAGCCAGGAACUUUCGAGGAGGGCGGCCAUCGCAACGUCUUUUACGAAGUUCAUGUGGUUAUUUCACUACCUAAUGUGGACUACAUUGGAGUUUCGAGAGACGCGCAAGUCCUCAUUUUGUACGCUAAAAGCGGUCUCCCUUUUCGAGUUAUGAACGAUGCGGAAGGAACCAAAGACAAAACCUGUGCGAUAGCUACAGGCGAUGUUCAAUUAGGAAACGCAAUAGUGAAGACAAUCACUACAGCUGCUGAAAGCGGAAAUCACGAACCGCCUGCCGUUUUUACAGAGAGCACUCCUUACUCAUUGAUACUCAAACGAUACCUCACAAAAGAGUUGAAUGGAGCGGUGAGCCCGCACAUCGAAUUGCAGCACUUUGCACUGGUUUAUUGGAAAGAGUCUUCUGCGUUGAUGGAUAAACAGGGUGCAGAGACUGUUGGAUAUCUGUAUAGAAGGAUGGUACAUCCGAACUGGUGGAGAAAACCUCCCGCUGAAUGGGUACAAAGUUACUUCGUGUUGAAAGGGACCAAAAUGUACCUAUUUACUGACUCCACUUGUAAAGAAGGAGAGCUGAUCAUUAAUUUAUGCGAUUGCACGGAAACUUUGGAAUUGGAUGCGAAGAAAGAUUGCCAAUGGGGAUUCGAACUUGUACUUCCGGAAGGAAACAUGCAGUUGCAGUGUCCCAGCAAAGACGAAAUGACCAAAUGGUUGCGUUUAGUGCACGAAGCGAUAAAUUCGCAGGGUGAUGAUGAAGCUGCUGCUUGCAUGAUUAUGGUCACCGAAGCACAAAUCGUUGUAGCUCAAGAAGGAGAAAAAUGCUACACAGACGGCUUUAUACGCACUUUGGUGUCAUUUCCGCUUUCGGACAUCCGCAAAGGUUGGAUAGUAAGAACCGAUACUCAUAUGUCUCUUGUGCUACGAGUUGACGCUAUGCACCAUUGGUUCUUCUUCCGAUCUGAAUCUGAGCUGGACAGGAUUGUUAUGACUUUAUCCAUUUACCCCAUCUCCAUCAUGGAAAUCGACCAGCAUUCACAGGACAAGACCAUAGGUUAUAUACUAAACCAGUGUCGGAGAACUCCGAACCUAUGGCACAGAGCUGUUUUUGCGACGGAAGGCUUUGAGUCAGACAGUUAAUCACCUGUACUAUAUCAAAUGUAGUUAUGUAAAUAUCAUCUUCUCACUCAUUUCCUUUCACUCCUCUUUUUUUUCUUUUUUCUUGUAACCACAAAAUGUCUUUUUCUUUUGCUUAUGGCAACUACCAAGCAAAUAAGAUUUGCUUGUUCUUCAUUGAAUCGUAUGCUCUCAACUCUCUGCACUUCGGCACGUUAAGCAGGUCUUGUAUAUUUUUUGGGUUUUGAUGUGAUAUCAUUGUAUAGUGCUUUGCUCGAAAAAAAUUUGAAU